UGUGUAUGUGUUGUUAUUCGUAUUCGUAUUAUUUGCUUGCCAUGCCAAAAAUAUAAAGUUUGAUAUCAAAAUCUAAACGGCAAAGCUGAAGUGCAUAACAGUUACGAAGGAAAUUGAAACCAAACGUGAAUUGAAACGGCAAACGACGACAGGCAGCUGAUUCAGCGAAUAUUUUGCUAAUUUUGCAGCAAUUAGAAAAGAAAAACAACAACAACCACAACAACAACAACAACAAGAACAUUCAAGCAGUGCCGGCUGCUGCGCCGCUGCGUCUGUGUUCCACAAGGAACCAACACCAACAAAAACAACUGCGUGUCUGUGAGGGGCGCAUUUGCAUAAAUAUGUAAGGCUGCCCGGCCUGGACCGCGCCCGUUGUAGUUGCCGUAACUCCCGUUGCGUCUGCUUUAUCAAGUGUCGAAAAAUAUAAGAGAAAGUAAAUUGUGCAAAAUUGUUUAAAUUGGCUUUGGGUGUCGUCGUUUUCAGGCCAUUCUCAGUGUCUUAUAUUUGUGUACGUACGUGUGUGUGAGAGAGAGAGAGAGAGGGUGAGAGAGUCGAAACAGUGUGUAAACGCAAUGGCGCUAAGCCCCGAGCAUCAACGCUGAGCAGAGUGCAAAGCUCGUCGACAGAUUCUAAGUUGAAAACGUGAAGCGGCUGAGCGAAUAUCCAGCCCAACUGCCAAAAUGUCAACUUCAACGAUAACAGCAGCAGCAACAACAACAACAACAGUCGCAGCAGCAGCAACAGCAAACACAGCAUCGACUUCAGCUGCGUCGCCCCCGCCAACUGCGAGCAGCGGACGCAUUGCCGACUGCCGUAAAUUCUCACCAAAUAUAUUCAACAAGAGCAAAUGCAGCCAUUGUUUUCGUCAGCGAGAGGAGCACAGCGCCGCUGCCUUGGAAUGCAAUAGGGCAUCGCGUAAAGUCUCCAAAUGUGGCUAUUUAUUUGUUGCGCCGGAUUGGGACUUUUCGAAUCCAUUGUAUAGGACAAAGCGUUGGCAAAGACGAUGGUUUGUUCUCUACGACGAUGGUGAGCUGACUUAUUCAGUGGAUGAUUAUCCCGAGACGGUGCCACAGGCUUGCAUUGAUAUGACCAAAGUACUCGAAGUGAGCAGUGCCGAGGAGGUUACAGGCCAUACAAACUCGAUUGCCAUAACUGCACAGGACCGCGUGACCUUCGUCAAGGGCAUCAGUCCAGAUGAGUCGCAGUGGUGGCUCAAUAUAUUGACUGGCUUUCCCAAAUGCAAAAGCCGUCACAAGCGCAGCACCACACUGCCAGGCGGUCAGAUCAGCUGCCUAAGGCAGUCCUCGAAUGUGGACAUGGCAGUCAAGUUGGGCAACCGCCAUAGCUCCUACCACAAGGACACGCUAACGUCUUCGCAGUCGGCCGGCAAUCUGUUAUGUAGUCUCGAUGACUCCAGCUCGCCGACCACGGUUAGUCUAUCAGUCACUGCUAUGGCAAAUGACGACGAGGACGAUGGGGUCGAGACUGGCGAGGAUGAGGAGGACGAAGACGAGACUCAGCAGCGGCAAGUUUCAACCUCAAGGAAGACAAAAACAUCGUCUUCAUCGAGCUGCCAUGGCGGACAGGACGAGAACAAUCGUAAUGCUGGCAAUGAGAUCACAAAUCGAGUGUCUCAACCCACGGGCUGUUUGCUGAUCGAGGACAUGCGACGAGAUGAGAAAUCCAUCAAGGACAUUGCUAACACAAAUCUAAGUCAACACCAGAACAAGCGUUGGUCUACGGCUGUCAACAAUGCCCUAAAUAAUCACCAUCAUUACCAGUACCAGACAUCGCGUGAUGAGACCGAUUUCCAAGUGACGUCCACCGGCAAAUCGACAAGCGCUAGCUCCGAGCAAACGAGUGUCAAUCUGAGACCAAAGUCAUUACCAUUGGCGGCCAAUUCAACGCCAGCAAUUGUAUCUGCAAUAGUCAAAAAGAUACCCACAGUGUUGGUGUCCCAGCAACAACAACAACAACAACAGCAACAGCAGCAACAACCUAAGCAAGGGGUAGAGGGCGCAAAAAACGGAAAAGGUGGCGCCCGAUUGCAGUUGCAGCUAAAACCCGCUAAGCAUUAUCAGCACGAACGUGGCGAUCCCGAUGGCGGUUGUAAUCUGGACGAGCUGUGCGCCAACUACCUGGCCAAGGCGGAUGAGCUGAGACCCGCGAGCAAGGCCAAUAAGUGCACAGUUUCAAACAAGCCGUCAGCCAAAAGCCUAAAGGAUACGCUUAACGCCAAAAAAGGCUGGUUAAUGAAGCUGGAUAAUCGCACGGGCGAGUGGAGCAAGCACUGGUUCACGCUAUGUGGCGCAGCGCUCUUCUACUACAGAGAUCCGCUGUGCGAGGAAAGAGGCGUGCUCGAUGGCGUCCUGGAUGUCAACAGCCUUUCGAAUGUAGUGGAAGAGCCCAGCGCCAGCAAACAGCAUGCCUUCCAACUGAUUACUUGGGACAAGCAGCGUCUGUUUCUAGCCGGUCUCUCGCCCAGCUCGCGCAAUAGUUGGCUGGUCGCACUCAGGAGUGCGGCAGGGCUACCGCAACAGUUGGAGACUUCGCCAACGACGGUGACGUCAUCCGUAAUUAAGCAAAGCGAAAUUGAACAGGACUUUAUUAAGGCACAGCUUCAGACGCACCCGCUCAGCUCUAGUCCGGCCACGCCUGGAACCCCGGCAAAUGCACCGCAUUUCUCCUCUGAUGAGGAGUAUCGCACGGCCUCUGAGGGCGGUCGUCGGGACAGCCUCGACUGGGGCUCACCGCUGUCACCUUCUCCACCUGUCUUACGCAGCUGUCUGCGCAAUCGCAGUUUGGCUAGUCUGCAUAAGCGCAGCCGCAGCUCUCCACCCAGCUCGCGCCGAAGUACAGUCGAUAGUGUGGCCAGCGAUGAGCUGCCAUUAAUGGCCGUGCCCGAGGAAAUGCGGCCAGACCGCGAGCUCAAGCAACAAUGCGAAACGUUGCGUACCGAAGCCAAGCUGCGCGAGGCACGCAUGUCGGAGCUGCUCACAACACUGCAACGUACGGAGCAGGAGCUCACGGCCCGGCUUCAGGAACAACAGCAGCAACUGAACGGUGAACUGGCGAGUGCCAAGCAAAGUGCAGCGGAGCUGGUGCAUAGCCUGAGCGUGCAGCUGACGGAGAGUCAGUGUACGAUUAAGCAGCUGGAGGAUCGUCUGGCGCAGGGCAUCGAGGAGAACGAGAGCCUGUAUAAGCGACUGCGCGAAUUGCAGGCGGACAACAGCCAGGUGCCCAGUCUCAGCAACUUGCAGCGUCACAAAAUGAAGCGCAUGGACUCGCUCAGUGAUCUGACCACGAUAAGCGAUAUAGAUCCAUAUUGCUUGCAGCGGGACUCGCUGGCCGAGGAGUACAAUGAGCUGCGCAGCCGCUUUGAGAAGGCGGUAAAUGAAAUUCGUGCUAUGAAGCGUGAGCUUAAACAGUCCCAGAACCAGUACGAUGCGCUCGAACUGAUCCAGACGGCACUGCAGCAGAAACUGGAACGCAGCCAGAUGGAAGAUGGGGCCCAACUGCAAUUGAUGGCUGCACGGAUUCAAGAUUUGACGAUCAAGUACAGCACUUCAGAGCGCCAGGUGCGAGCGCUUAAGCAGAAACUGGCCAAGUCCGAACGACGACGUUCACUCUCAUUGAAAGGCAAGGAGCAGCUGGAGCUCAAGCUGACUGAGCUCCAAAGGGAAACAGUGGAACGCAAGCCUGCAGCUAGCACUGUCCCAAGCACCGAGUCCAGCAGCGAUUCCAGUAUUCAAUCAUCGCCCUUAAACUCCCAUCUGCUGCAGCGUCUGCAUAGUCUAGAACAUGUUCUGCUCAGCAGUAAGGAGCGACUAGAACAGAGUCUGAACCAGCUGCAGCUGCUGCGCGCGGGCCAUCGCAGUCGUCGAUCCGUUUCUCCCCUCAAUGAGCGCAAGGACGGACUCAGACAAUUGGAGCGUGCUCUUACCGAGACCUGCGUAAUGGUCAGCGAGCAAAUGGAACUCUCGUGCCUGCAGGAUUCCUGCCAUAAGUGCUGCGAGUUUCGGCAGCGUGUCGAGAAGCUGACAGCACUUCAUCAACAGACCGAGACGGACCUCCAGCGAAGUGAACAACUGUUGGAGCAGCGUGAGAACGAGCUGGCGAUUGCACUGGAGAAAUGCGCCAGCCAGGAGCAGGAGCAGCAGAAGCUGUUGAAGCAGCGAGACGAGCUAAGCGACGAGCUGGGCCGACAGCAGGAGCGUUGCAAACGGAUGGAGAAACGUCUCGAUCUGCUCGAAAGAGAGCACGGCAAACAGCUUGAAUGCCUCAGGGAGGUGUAUCGACACGAACAUGCCAAUGCCGCCGAUGAGCAGAGUUUUCGCAAACGGUAUCAGACAGAAAUUGAACAGCUGAGGACACUCUGCGAGAAGGGCCUCAGCGCAAUGGAGUCAUCGCAUCGUCGACUAAUCUGCGAUAUGGAAGAAAAGCACAAGCAAGAAAUUGAGCGUCUGUUGGCGGAGAAGGAAACCGCUUUAGCUGAGGAAACGCAGGCAACAUUGGCCGCCCUGGAUGCCAUGCGCAAGGCCCACCAGAGCGAAGUACAACGCGAAGUGGCACGCUUCAAGGCGGAAUUUUUGCAUCAGGUACAGCGAGGCGAACACAUGCGUGGAGAUGGCGCUAAGCUGAAGGAAGAGGAGCUCGAUGAGCUGCGGCUAGAGAUUUUGUCAUUUUCCGAGAAGUACUCCAUCAAGUGCGUGGAAAACGCUGCGCUUGAGGAAAAACUGCACCUGGCCAACGGCAAGUUGAGGCACUUCCAACAAAUGCAACAGCUGGAGCUGAGAAAUAGACAAUUUCGCGCACACUUGGCCUCAGAUGAUCCUGGAAGCGAUGUGCACUUUGUCCAGGGGCUGACAACAGGCUCGAAAGAGGACGCUGCAUGCCAAGAUAGCGAGGUCUAAAGCCGAGCUCAACGUUUGGAAAGAAUUUACGAAAAUCCACUGCAAAACCAACAUCACCAGCAUCAUCAUCAGC